AUGGCUGAUAAGCUCACUCGUAUCGCUAUUGUUAGCAGCGACAAGUGUAAACCAAAGAAAUGUCGACAAGAGUGCAGAAAGUCCUGCCCAGUCGUUAGGACAGGAAAACUCUGUAUCGAAGUUACCCCGGAGUCUAAAAUUGCCUUCAUCUCCGAGCGACUAUGUAUCGGUUGUGGUAUCUGUCCUAAGAAAUGUCCCUUUGGCGCCAUCCACAUUAUCAACUUGCCUACAAAUCUCGAAACCCAAGUGACCCAUCGAUACUCUGCAAACUCGUUCAAACUUCACAGAUUACCGACUCCUCGUCCGGGACAAGUUUUGGGAUUGGUUGGAACUAACGGUAUCGGGAAAAGUACCGCUUUAAAGAUUUUGGCAGGAAAAUUGGAUCCAAAUUUGGGACGAUAUGAUAACCCACCAACAUGGGAAGAAAUCCUAAAGUACUUCCGUGGAAGUGAAUUGCAAAAUUACUUCUUGAGGCUGUUGGAAGAGCAUUUAAAGGCCAUCAUCAAGCCUCAGUAUGUUGACCAGCUUCCGAAAGCCAUGGUCAGGGAAAAGGCAAGAAACCCGAAGUUGGACACGACUGUUGGUGGUCUCUUGAAAAGCAAGAACGAUCGAGAUGUUCUCGAUCACGCUUUGGAUAUCUUGGAACUUAAGCAAGUCGUUGAUCGUGAAGUCAAUCUUUUGUCUGGUGGAGAGUUGCAGCGUUUCGCUAUCGGAAUGGCUGUCGUUCAAAAAGCCGAUGUCUACAUGUUUGACGAGCCGUCUUCAUUCUUGGAUAUCAAGCAGCGUCUCAAGGCUGCUAAUACCAUUCGUGAAAUCGUCAAGGAAAACGACCAGGGAUACGUUAUCGUCGUAGAGCACGAUUUGUCAGUUCUCGACUACCUUUCCGAUUUCAUCUGUGUUCUUUACGGUAAACCCGCUGUCUAUGGUGUCGUCACACUCCCAGCCUCGGUCAGAGAAGGUAUCAACAUUUUCUUGGAUGGUAACAUCCCAACUGAAAAUUUGCGUUUCAGAGAAGAAUCACUUCAGUUCAGGAUCGCAGAAGCUACGGACGAGUUCGCGGUCGACAGAAGCAGAGCAUUCAAAUACCCAGCGAUGAAGAAGACCCAGGGCGACUUCUCGAUUUCCAUCGAUGCCGGUGAAUUCACCGACUCCGAAAUCAUCGUCAUGAUGGGUGAGAACGGAACUGGAAAGACUACAUUCUGUAAACUCCUUGCCGGCCUCGAUCAACCAGACGCUGAAUCUAGCAAGGUUCCACAAAUGGCGAUAUCUCUCAAGCCACAGACUAUCACCGGUAAAUUCCCAGGAACUGUCCGACAACUUUUCUUCAAGAAAAUCAAGGCUGCCUUCUUGAACCCUCAAUUCCAAACCGACGUCUACAAGCCACUCAAGAUCGACGACUUCAUUGACCAAGAAGUCCAGAACCUCUCUGGUGGUGAACUUCAAAGAGUCGCUAUUGUUCUCAGCUUGGGUAAACCCGCUGACAUCUACGUCAUCGAUGAGCCUUCUGCAUACCUCGAUUCCGAACAGCGUAUUAUCGCAGCCAAGGUUAUCAAGAGAUUCAUUAUGCACGCCAAAAAGACUGCCUUCAUUGUAGAGCACGAUUUUAUCAUGGCUACUUAUCUAGCUGAUCGUGUUAUCGUCUUCGAGGGUCAGCCUUCCAUCAAGGCUAAGGCUACCAAGCCACAGUCGCUCCUCACUGGUUGCAACCAGUUCUUGAAGUCGUUGGACGUCACUUUCCGUCGUGAUCCUGUAUCUUACCGUCCACGUAUCAACAAAUUGCACAGUCAGCUUGAUCAAGAGCAGAAGCUUUCUGGAAACUAUUUCUUCCUUGAGGAGACCUCCUAA